CCUUCCUACGGGUCCUAGGAUACCGAUAUUGCCGGAUCGGUCUUCGGCCAACAACGAUGCCGGAAUUCGCCCGAAAUGGGGGCACUAGGACAGCGUAGGGGUGGUAAUAGAAGUGUGGUGGUUUCUAUACCAAAACGGCGGGGUCCUGUUGUGAAUGGAAUGGUCAAACCACGGUAAUAGAAAAAUAGUGGUCCAUGGCCGUUACCUGAUGUCCACUUUCCGCUCACUUCUUCCUCCUCUCUUUCCACUCUUUCCACUAUAACUUCUGUCUUACAAAAUUUGCUCACAGCUUUAAACUUUUCUUCCAACUAAUCUCUGGGACUCUCUUUAGGCAAGUGAGCGAGUGGAAUUUCAGUAUUGGCCUUCAAGGUUCUUGACCUGAGGCAUCGGUCAUUACCCUUUCAUUCGGGUUUGUUGCAAUGGCCCCUAUUUCGCCCUCCUAAUGGCCGCCUGAAUGGACCGCUCGAAGACCUCUGGUGGUGGGUUUCUAAAGCUGGUAGGUGGUGGUAGCCAGGGUGGUUUCGCCUACUAGUGCCCUACUCGUAUGCCAGGUGGGUCAGCUAGGGAAAAACCUGAAUAUCCAACACAAAAUCUACCUGUCCUUAACACAUUUCCGCACAUACAAAUACAAAAUCCCUUUGUCGGCGCAGGAAACGGCAAACUGGCAACCUUGACGUCCUCCGCGUUUGCAGCGCCGCGAUCCGGUGUCAAAGCGGCACCGCACGACGAAUGACAAAUGUCAUUGCUCGAUGGACAAUCUGUCAGCUGGAGUUUCCGGUUGAAUUGGGCCAUACUUUGACCAGCAGUAGAAGAAGCACAAAGUGAAAUUUUGGGGAGUUGUUAAUCUUAAAAUUAGAGUUGAAGUUGAGUGAAUUAUACAGCGUGAGUGUUGGGAGAAUCCGUUUGUUAUUGGAUUGCUGGGGAAAAUUCCCCAUUAUAUAGGUGACGUUCUCUCUCGAGUCCUCGUUCAUGGUCCUGGUCAGUAGCCUGUCCGUCGCGAAGUCCGUAAACCUGUAUCCCUGAAAAUAGAAAGUAAGAUAUAGUGUGAAUUAGUUAUAAUAUCAUAUUACACAACAUGAACCACAUUUAGAUCUUGCAUCGUACCGAGGGUGGAAUUAUUCCGUAGGGUGAGCAAGGUGCAAAGGCCACCGAAUUGUGAGUCGAAGAUACUUUUUUUAUAUGUGCAUUGUACUUACCUUUGAAAUCCUUGAAUUCACUAUUCACAGUUGAAGCAUCAUAAUACAGACCGCUAUCAAAACCGGAACCGCUUUUUCUUCUCACCCCGCCCUUAACAAAUCUUCAAAAUUCGUGUGCAAUGGCAGGACAACACGACGACCGCCCUACGGGGGGCUGCAUUGGCUGUCAGCGACCGGAUGAGGUGGAAGACAUGGUCCAGUGCGACCAUUGCGACGUGUGGAGCCAUUACACUUGCGCGGGGGUGGAUGAGAACAUCGCCAACCACUCUUGGGUUUGCGGCCACUGCACCGGCCGGCAAAGCGACGAUGCUAUCACCGUACAUAGUGCGUCCAGUCACCGUAGUACGUCGUCGGUGUUCUCCGUUUGUUUGAGUCAGAUGGUGGAACGACAACAGCUCGAACGCACCCGUAUGGAGAUAGAGCUACAGCGCCGUCAUUUGGAUGAGCAGCAACAGCUUAUCGACAAGGUGCUCGACGGAGCCGAUGCGAAGGGCAAUCGCGAUGAUGGUUUCCCAUGCGAAGAGACCAAUGCGUUAACUUCGCCGUCGUCCAACAAGCGACUCAAAACGCCGCCUCCUCCUGGCGCUCCUCUAGUACCGAAACCCCGCCGGUCGUUGCCACCGACUGAGACACCGAGGACAACCGCACCGGUUGUGGUUUCUAUUCCUCUCUCGGUGUUCGAACCAGGUACCGUAGAAUCUUUGAAGCGCAAGAAAGAUCCCCAAGUGGCAAUGAAGGAGCUCAAGAAACGGGUUGAGCAGUGCGAGCAGCGCGCCAAUCCUACUCCUGAACAACUUGCCGAUCUCCAAGCCCAAUUGGAAAUGUGCCGAAAGCUUCUGGAACGUUUCCAGGCCAACAAGCAACCCGCUGAGCGGGGUCAACAAGCGGAGCCGUCUCAGCCGAAUCCAGCGGCGGAAAUAUCGGGUGUGCAGAAACCUACUGGCACCAUUCCGAAAGCGAGCCGGACAUUACCAACGAUUCCGGACGAGUCCGGAGCAGUUGGUGGAGCAUUUCGGCCGGAUCAUGUCUGGCCACUUAAGGUCCCGGUAAGCCAAACGGGUUCCUUUUCGGUAAGUCAAGCAAAUGCUCCGUUGCGCCCGAUGGAGAAUCCAGGUAAGCGUCAAGCCUUGAGUAAAUUCCUAGAAAAUACGAACCAACAUGACAUUAGCUAUUGCCCCACGACCAACAUUCCAACUUCCCGUGUGCAGCUGCGAAACGACGCGCGCCCGGAAGAAAGACAGACUCCUCCUAUUUAUCCCCGAGAGCAGCUGCGAGACUCAUUCGCGCCCUCCAACAACGAUUCGUACAAUUUCGUACGCGAACUAAAUUCAACCAGCCUGCCUUUAAGGGAACCUCCCACGCGCGCGGUUGAAUCGUCUCAGACCCCUCGUCAGUCAGAUAGUGUUCAACACAACCCAACAAUUCCCAACCACGAACUAGUACGUCCAACGCAGCAGCAGCUAGCAGCUAGGCAGUCCCUGGCUAAGGAACUCCCCCGAUUUUCUGGCGAUCCCGCGGAGUGGCCGAUAUUUAUCUCCAGCUACCGCUACACCACCGAAGCUUGCGGAUUCUCAGAUGGGGAGAAUAUGCUCCGUCUUCAGCGAUGUUUAUCGGGACCGGCGCUUGAAACAGUACGCAGCCGAUUAGUGUUACCUGCAGCUGUACCCCAAGUCAUCGAAACCCUCCGAAUGCGAUUCGGCAGACCGGAGUUGCUAAUUAAUGCUCUACUCCGGAAGGUUCGCGAGAUUCCGGCUCCAAGGUCCGACAAACUGGAAGGACUAAUCGACUUCGGCAUGGCGGUGCAAGCGUUGUGCGACCACAUUGAGGCUGCCAACGAACGUGCCCAUCUUUCCAACCCAUCGCUGCUUCAGGAAUUGGUGGCAAAGCUUCCCGCGGAUCAACGAAUGAUGUGGGCCGGAUAUAGACGGGGAUUUCAGCAAGUGGACCUCAAAACCUUCGGCGAUUACAUGGCGGCGGUGGUGCAGGAUGCCACAAGUGUGGUGACCUUCGAACCGGACGUGAAACGCAGCGGCGCCCGCGACCGUCCGAAGAACAAGGGAUUCGUCAACUCUCAUGCGAAGGAACCAUCGGAACCCGUGAAAUCAUCCCACGAGCCGAAGGACGAGUCGAAGCAGUUCAACUGUGCAUAUUGCAAAAGAGAAGGUCAUCGGGUUCGCGAAUGCCAGGCAUUCAGGUACCUACACGUCGACGAUCGCUGGAAGCAAGUACGGUCACUCGGCCUAUGUCAGAAUUGUCUUUUUAACCACGGAAGACGUGGGUGCCGAGGACGGAAAACCUGUGACAUUGACGGCUGCCAAUUUCGCCACCAUCCGCUCCUGCAUUCCUCCAAGGGUCCUCAACGAUCUUCUGAUGCGUUGGUUCAGGUGGCAGAGAAUCACACCCAUCGUCACCUUACUUCCGGAACCCUAUUCCGAAUUAUUCCGGUAACGUUGCACGGCCUGAGCAAGUCAAUCGAUACGUUCGCUUUCCUCGACGAAGGUUCGGAUCUAACCUUGGUGGAGAAUGAUCUGGUGGCCUCGCUAGGAAUAAAGGGGACGCAACUACCAUUAUGUCUCCGUUGGACCGGGAACACUUCAAGAGUGGAGAAGAAUUCGCAGCAGAUAACGAUCGAAAUCGCUGGUCUCGGGCAGGAAAAACGGCAUAAACUGCUUAAUGCGAGAACCGUGACCAACCUUGGCCUACCCGGUCAAAGUUUCCAAGUGGAUGAGACUGCACAACAGCACAGACACCUGAAGGGAAUUCCAAUUACCAGUUAUCAAAAUGCGGUACCCAAAAUUCUGAUCGGGGUGGACAAUUUGCGACUAGCAUUACCGCUGAAAGUACGAGAAGGUGACGGAACAGCGCCAGUGGCAGUGAAAACCAGGCUGGGGUGGUGCGUCUACGGCCCGCGAGGAACCAGCAGACAGGAAUCGUAUAGCUUCCACGUGUGCGAAUGUUCCUGCGAUGAAGAACUCCACGAAGCGGUGAAGAAAUUCUACGCUGUCGAAGAAGCGGGUUCGACGCCAGCGCAAACCUCUCUGGCAAAGGAAGAUGAGAGAGCGCUAGCUAUCAUGGAAGCUACGACCCAGAGAGUGGGUGACCGGUUUGUGACCGGGCUUAUUUGGCGAGAAGAUGAAGUAGAGUUUCCGGACAGCUAUUUUAUGGCAGUACGCCGACUGGAGUGCCUCGAACGAAGGAUGGACCGCGACCCUGGACUGAAAGAGAAUCUUCACCGGCAAAUCGGUGAAUACCAGAAGAAAGGCUAUGCGCACAAGCUCACAACUAAGGAGAUGGAAGCAGCAGAUCCGAAGCGAAUCUGGUAUCUCCCAGUCGGAGCGGUUAUGAAUCCCAAGAAACCGGGGAAAGUCCGAGUCAUCUGGGACGCUGCGGCCAAGGUGAACGGCGUAUCGUUAAACAGCAAGCUCCUCAAAGGCCCGGAUCAACUGACGUCUCUUCCGGCAAUACUUUUUCGCUUUCGGCUGUAUGGGGUGGCCGUUACUUCGGAUAUCCAAGAGAUGUUCCAUCAAAUCCGAAUUCGUAAAGAAGACAGGGACUCUCAACGUUUCCUAUGGCGUGCCAAGCCGACCGAUGCUCCCACGGUCUACGUGAUGGACGUAGCUACAUUUGGAAGCACUUGCUCACCGGCGUCAGCGCAAUUUAUCAAGAACCGGAAUGCGGAACUACACAGCGAGCUCUAUCCAGAGGCGGCAAAAGCGAUUGUCGACGACCACUACGUCGACGAUUAUUUGGCGAGUUUUAGUUCAUGGGAACAGGCAGCAAAGGUGGCAUGCGAUCUGCGGCUCGUGCAUGGCAACGGCGGAUUCAACUUGCACAACUGGCGGUCUAAUAGUGCCUCGGUUCUAGAAGCGCUGGGAGAGGCACCUCUUGCGUCGGUCAAGCAGAUAAGUUUGGCUGACGGCGUGAAAACCGAAAGAGUUCUCGGAAUGCUGUGGAGUCCUUUGAGCGACGAACUGAGCUUCUCUACCCAGAUGAGUGAAGAAGUCCAAUCCCUGAUCAAUACAGUCACGAGACCGACGAAAAGGCAAGUGUUGCGUUGCGUGAUGACCCUAUUCGACCCUUUAGGAUUGCUCUCGCCAUUCAUCAUUCACGGAAAGGUCUUGAUCCAGGACCUAUGGCGAGCAGGCACUUCGUGGGAUGAGCAAGUCAACGAAGAAAUCUACGCGAAGUGGCACAGAUGGGUGCAGAUGAUCGGUUACAUCGCGGAUAUACGAAUCCCGCGGUGCUACUUCCGAAACGCCGACCAGUACACGUACCAAAACUCAGAGCUCCACGUUUUUGUCGACGCAAGCGAGGUUGCGUACUCUUGCGCGAUUUAUCUACGCACUCAAAGUGAGGGUGGUGACUCACAAUGUUGUCUAAUCGCCGCUAAAUCGAAAGUCGCCCCGCUGAAGCCCUGGUCAAUUCCGAGACUCGAGCUGCAAGGCUGUGUCUUGGGAGUACGAUGGUCGAAAUUCGUCAAGUCAGAACUCAAUAUUCCCAUAUCUAAGAUGGUGUUCUGGUCAGAUUCCAGAACGGCUUUGGCCUGGAUCAAAUCCGACCCAAGGAAUUAUCGACAAUUCGUCUCGUUCAGAGUAGGAGAGAUUCUGGAGCAUACAACUUCGAACGAUUGGCGGUGGGUACCGUCGAAGGCCAAUCCGGCGGAUGAGGCUACCAAGUGGGGAAGCGGCCCGUAUUUCGAUAGAAAUAGCAAGUGGUUUCAAGGACCACAUUUUUUGCGACUUCCGGAGAACGAAUGGCCUCGUUCGAGCGAUCAAGUGUCUACUACCAGCGAAGAAAUGCGUGCAUCGAUCCUGUACCACUGUUCCUUCGAACCCCCGAUAGAUUUCGACAGAUUUUCAUCGUGGAAUCGAAUGCUGCGAGCGAUAGCGUACGUCUUGAGAUUCCUGAACAACUCGAAUAAGAAGCGAUCAUUGCGCACUGGGCAGCUAUCCCAAACAGAACUCCAAUUAGCGGAAGUAACACUCUUCAAAGCGGUGCAGCGUGAAACAUAUCCUGACGAGAUCACGGCGUUAUGCAACAAGGCACCGAACGAGAGCGGGCAGGAGGUCAUAGGAAAACAUAGCUCGAUCUUCCAGCUGUUGCCGAUGCUGGACAACAGCGGUCUGCUGCGCGAGCGUGGACGGAUCGGGUCUGCUGAAGAUAUACUGUUUAAUGUACGCCAUCCGAUUAUCCUUCCUAGGAACCAUCGAGCUACCGAGCUGCUGAUGUUAGAUUAUCACCAACGUUGCCAGCAUGGGAACUCUGAGACAGUGGUGAAUGAGAUACGCCAAUUCUACAACAUCCCAAGACUGCGAUCGGUGGUGAAGAAAAUUUGUCGGGACUGCGCAUUGUGUAAAGUUCGCCGAGCCAGGCCAGCUAUUCCACCGAUGGCGCCACUUCCUGCGGCGCGACUUGCCCACCAUGAACGAGCGUUUACCUACACCGGUGUGGAUUAUUUCGGGCCGCUGGUAGUCAAGCUGGGAAGAUCCAAUGUGAAGCGGUGGAUUGCAUUAUUCACUUGUCUAACAGUACGUGCUGUUCACUUGGAAGUAGCGUAUACAUUAUCAACCGAGUCCUGCAUAUCCUGCGUUCGCCGAUUCGUCGGCCGCCGAGGUCCGCCCGCCGAGUUCUUCAGCGACAACGGGACAAAUUUCCAAGGGGCGGAUCGAGUGCUACGACAUCAAAUUAGUCAGGGACUGUCUACAACGUUCACCGGUACCAACACCAAAUGGAACUUUAUUCCGCCAGGGGCACCCCACAUGGGCGGAGCGUGGGAGCGCUUAGUUCAGUCGGUGAAGGCAGCCAUGCAAGAAGCAUAUUCGGAGGGAAAGCUCAACGACGAGGGGCUGCAGACGCUGGUCGUGGAGGCUGAAAGAUUGGUCAACUCAAGGCCUCUGACGUAUUUGCCACUAGAAGCUGAGGAAUCAGAGGCGAUCACGCCUAAUCACUUUUUGCUGCUUAGCUCUAACGGGAUAAAACCACGAAGCGGAGAAGGUGAAGCUUCUGAACACGGACAUUACCGUGAGCUAGCCCGACGAGACAUAUUAGGGAAGUCAUGGGAGUUGAUCCAGCGGCAGUUGAAUGUGUUCUGGAAGCGCUGGCUGGUGGAGUAUCUGCCGGUGAUCCGCAGGCAACCAAAGUGGUUCGAGGAAGCUCGUACCAUAGAAGCAGGAGACUUGGUCAUGGUAGCGGAACCGACGAAGCGAAAUGGAUGGGAGCGUGGAAGAAUCAUCCGUACUGUUCCAAGCUCGGACGGCAGACACCGGCAGGCGUUAGUGCAGAUAGGACCGAAAACUCUGCUGCGGCCGGUGUCACGGUUGGCAUUGCUUGACGUUCAAGGAUACUGUGAGACUCCGGAGAACUCCGGAGUACACCCGGGGGAGACUGUCGGCGCAGGAAACGGCAAACUGGCAACCUUGACGUCCUCCGCGUUUGCAGCGCCGCGAUCCGGUGUCAAAGCGGCACCGCACGACGAAUGACAAAUGUCAUUGCUCGAUGGACAAUCUGUCAGCUGGAGUUUCCGGUUGAAUUGGGCCAUACUUUGACCAGCAGUAGAAGAAGCACAAAGUGAAAUUUUGGGGAGUUGUUAAUCUUAAAAUUAGAGUUGAAGUUGAGUGAAUUAUACAGCGUGAGUGUUGGGAGAAUCCGUUUGUUAUUGGAUUGCUGGGGAAAAUUCCCCAUUAUAUAGGGUAAAACGAAGUAGUUCCGUGAUUACAGUGAUCAAUCUAUAUAACCUAAAAUAUUCGACAGUGACGUUCUCUCUCGAGUCCUCGUUCAUGGUCCUGGUCAGUAGCCUGUCCGUCGCGAAGUCCGUAAACCUGUAUCCCUGAAAAUAGAAAGUAAGAUAUAGUGUGAAUUAGUUAUAAUAUCAUAUUACACAACAUGAACCACAUUUAGAUCUUGCAUCGUACCGAGGGUGGAAUUAUUCCGUAGGGUGAGCAAGGUGCAAAGGCCACCGAAUUGUGAGUCGAAGAUACUUUUUUUAUAUGUGCAUUGUACUUACCUUUGAAAUCCUUGAAUUCACUAUUCACAGUUGAAGCAUCAUAAUACA